AUGGAGACGCAGUCGGCACAGAAACAGUAAGGGCCGUUGGUGAAGGUGUGGAUGUGUUUCAGGUUAUCUCCUUAAAGUUUUCACAGGUGUUCUAGCAGAGAAGAGGAGAGGGGGGAGGAGUCAUGCCGAAAAAAUCAAAGAAAGGUGGAGGAGGUAAAGAUGGAGGGAGGACGGAGGGCGAGAGGCUGCUGUUCCAGCAGCAGAGAGCUCAGGCGGAGGAGGAGAUGGCCAAGAAGAAAGAGGAGAUGCUCACUCUGUUUCUGAAGGACAAGCUGCAGAAGGAGGAGAGGAACACGGCGGUGAAUCUGCUGAAGCUGAACGACGGCUGGAGGUCGAUCCUCCGUCAGACUCGCUCCGAUGAGCUGCGUAAAGACAUCGUGGUGAUGCAGCAGAGUUUUGAGAGGCAGCUGGACGCGAUGGACAACAUUACCAAGAACCUGUUGCGCGACCUGCAGGAGUCGGAGCGUCAGUCGGCUCAGGUGCAUCGGGCUCACCUGCAGCGGGUGGACAGUCUGUGGGCUCAGCAGGACAAACGGCUGAUGUUCCUCCACCAGCGGUGGGAGGGGGGCCUGCAGCAGCUCAGCUCCAACUACAACUCUGACAAGAAGCAGAUGUUGGAGCACUUUAGGAAGCUGAGAGCUGAGCUGGAGGACGCAGAGUUCACUCUGCGGAAACAGCACGAAGAAACGAUAAGUGAGCUGCACGAAGUGUACGGCACCAGCAUUAGCGCCUACAAUGACAUCUCUGAUACCACGGUACACCACACUGCUUCUCAUUGGUCUCUCUCAGCUGUCUCCUCCCUGUGCGCACAGAAAGCUGCUAUUCUUCAGAACAGCAAGAUGAGGCUGGAUGAGGAAACGUUGAAGCAGCGGCGGGCCGAGGAGUCCUGCAGAAAAGAGACCAUGACGGUGGAGCACCUGCAGUACAUAAACCGGGGCUUCAUCCAGUCCACAGAGACCAGCGUGAAGGAUGAGAAAAUGCUGAAGGACUCAGUGGUCCGGCUGAAGGAGAAGCUGAGCUCCAGUAAAAAAGAACAUAAGGGCGUGGAGCUGGACCUGCUUGCCGCCACAGACCAGGUGAAGCACAGCACCCACCAGCUCCGGGACCAGCUCAUGCAAUCUCAGAAGGUGGCAAGGAAGCAGCUCACCGACCUCACUGUGCAGAGUGACAAUGCUGCCAAGAAACUGCGGGCAGUUAUCGCCAAGGGCGAGAAAGUUUUACGAGUCGCUGAAAUGUGUCGCAGACUGGAGAGCAAAAUCCUGCUGACACCGCCAUCAGAUAAACCCCGACAGGAGCCGGACUCAGAGGGACCUGCAGAGGUGUCCCCCGAGCUGCGUCACGUGACUCGCCGCCUCACCUCGGCCGUGCUGCAGCGAGAAGCUCUGAAGAGACACAAAGACGACCUGAGCGGAGAGAACCAGCAGCUGAGGCUCCUCCUGCGUCAGCACCUGGACGGCAUGACGGUCAGCGAGCAGCACAUGGACCAACGCCACGCCCUGCUCACAGUGUAUCCCGCCCCCAUCGCCACGGCCCCGCCCGACACCAGGAGAUGCCACACGGUCAUCGAGGCCGUUCACGCCGUCAAACACUCGCUGAGAUGAGACCGCAGGACGGACACUCUGGAUUAUAAAAUUAAAGUUUUCAUAAAGAGCAGACGAUGAAUCUGCAAACAGGAAACAAUGUUUUCUGUGUUCAUCAGCAAGAACGACUUUCUGACCUUUAAUGAUCCUCCCCCAACCAAACCAGGAAGAGAGUGAGAGGGUGAGAGAGAGAGAGAGAGAGAGAGAGAGAGAGCGAGAGAGAGUGUGAGGGUCAGAAGGAGUGUGUGAGAGCAAGAGAGUGUGU